AUGGAAACGAGAAAAGUUACAGAGUGCACGCCCUCACCUGAGGAGGAAUUUCGAAGCGGUACUUCACUCAAAUACCCGGACGAGGAACGGACACGACAGCAGUUAACGUUGGCCUUUCCAUCCAUAGAUGCAGACGUUAUUGAGGAAAUGGCCUUCCUCGUUGGUAGGAAACGGUACACCAUUGAUAAGGUUGUAUAUAUGCUCCGCCUCAUUGAAGAGAGUAUGAAACUCGACAACCCCGCCAACAAGGGAUUAGUAAAUUCCGGGGAAAGUGAAGGUCAGGAGGUGCAAGUUCUCCAAGAGGGAACGGAUGACACUUCAACGGGUCACAGCUUACCUUUGCAGAGUUCACAACCACAAGAGGGGCUGGAUCAAACAACUAUGAAACAGCAGCGUGACUUACCCGAAGGGAAUCGAGGAGGUGUGGAAGAGCUGCAGCCAUUCAUGCUAUCGUAUUCCAAUUCACAUAGUGCAAACUUUGUUGGGGUGAAACUAUUCUUCACAAGUAUGACGGGUGAUCGUCGCAUUCGUGACCACUGUCGCCGGGCGGAGACGCUGUUGUACCUUAAGCGUAUCACGUACGAACCUGUGAAUGUUGCGGACAGUCCAACACUGCAACGAAAUUUGCGUGAGAUGUACGCGGCAUGCACAGGGAAAAGGGGUGCACCACCACUACCGGCACUGUUUGUUGGCACCAGUUAUGUAGGAAACUAUGAGGAGAUGCAAGAGAUGGAAGAUGAUGGCACCCUUAUGGACACUCUCGAGCACCUUGGUUACAAACACGAGAUUCAAUCAAGUGUGGUUACGAGGUGA